AUGUCACUGAAUCAGGACUCAUCGGCAGCACUCCAAGCGGAACAAAAGCCUAUUUCUUUGCCAACAAUACUGAAAGAUAUAUUGUCUGAUAAAGCCCCAAAACCAUAUACCGCCGGUGCCUUCUUCGAUUUUGCAGCUGCCAAGCACUGCACUGAGUCAAUAGACUUCAUUGUGAAGGCUCAGAAUUACCAUGAUCUAUAUCCCAGUCUGCAGUCCUUCAUGCACGAAAAGGUGACACAAGAAGCUGCAUCCGUGGGGGAAGAGUGGGGAUACUUGAUGAGAACAUUCAUCUCCCCUGGUUCCCCCUGUGAAUUGAACCUGCCUUCGAGCAUACGCAAUGAAUUGCUCAGUCACGACCCAAUGCUGAUUCCACCACCGCCGGUUGAUUUAGAGCCUGCUGUCCAGCACACUUCCGAGACAUUGAUAGAUAAUGUUUUGAUACCAUUUUUGAAAAGCUCGCCUGUACUUGACUCAAGCGCAUCGUUGACUCCUCCAACUCCAAGCAACCAAUGGGCUGCUUUGAGUGACAGAUUCUCUGCCAAACGACCGCCUAUCAAGCGUACUCCAAGCAUACUAAAGGAAAUCGGCCACACGCUUAGUCAAUUCUGGAAGCGCGCAGCUGAUCGGGAUCCAGACAAGUGA